UUAAACAGGAAGUGAGAGGGGAGGUGUGGGGGCGCGGCGAGCGAAAAUGUCAUCAAAGUUGAAAAAGCUUGGAGCGAACAUUGACAUUGAUAACACAUUGAGUGCUGAAGGAGAAGAUAGUGAACUAAGCUUAGUAGACGACAGUGAAGUGUUAUCGGAUGCUCUGCAGGGAAAACUGUCAUUCACUGGAGAUAAUGCUAAUGGCAAUGCCAACGAUUCCCCAACGUCCACAAAUACAGGCAGCUCCAGGGCUCCAGUAGCCCCUCCCCUGUCCACUGUGCUCUACACCCCCGACCACAACUCCAAGCCUUCACCGGCGCAAGUGGCAUUUGAGAUCCUGCGGACCAAGACCAUCAAAGACGGCAGGUCAAGAUAUGUGUUGUACACAGUUGCAAUAAUAAGGACCCACCAGUUUGACACUUCACAAGCAACUGUUGAUAAAAGGUAUUCUGACUUUGAAAAGCUUUACAACUCAUUGAGGAAAAGGCUGACCGCACAAAUGCAAGAGAUAGCCUUUCCGAAGAAAGUUCUUACUGGAAAUUUUGAUGACAAGACGAUAGCUCACCGAAGUCGUGCCUUCGAACAGUUCCUAAGUCAUGUAUAUGCCAUACCAGAACUGCGCGAAUCAGAGGAAUUGCACAACUUCUUUUUCAAAGUUGAUCUCGACAAAGCACUGUUGUAUCUCAGGAAUGGAGAAUACUUGGAAAGUAUUCCCCUGCUUUUAAAUGCCUUGAAUAUGCAGCAGAAACUUCUAGGUGAUUCCCACCCAGACGUUUUGAAGACAGUAUGUGCAAUAAUAGUAGCCUAUAAUAUGAGGGAAGAGCACAGCAAUGCACAGAAGUUUGCAGAUAUGGCACUGAAGUUAAUCGGCGAGGACAGUAGCAGUCGUUACUUGAUGCCGGUGUUACAGCUAAAUAUCCGCCUGUGCUGGGUGCUAGGGAAGGAGAAGGCCGACCUCGAGGAGAAACUUGCUGACCUUCACGAGAAGGGUUUGGAAAUGCCCAGCCCAGAUCGUCUGCUAGAGAUGGUGGUGCAAUGAAAUAUCUUUCUGUACCUGAAAUCAUGAUAAUUUUUCGGUAAUCUGUUGUUGAAGUAAGAAAGGUUUUGUUGUUACAGUAGUGAUUGUUUUAUGCAUUGUGGGAUACUGAAUUGAUUUGUGGUUGAAAUUACGAGUAAAAACUUUGAAAUAUCAGUUAUUUUUUUAAUUAAUUUUUGGAAGGGAUUUGAGAAUGUAUUAUACAAUAGUAAUGAAAGUACUAAUAUACAUAUUGAUGCACAUAUCUUGUUUUUUCAAAUUUCAUAUGAUUAUCUUUUCAUCUGUUUAUUUAUUGUUCAAAUUUUAUUUAUUUCAUUGUGGGCUUUGAUAAUUUACUGAAUGACUUUAGAGAGGAAAUUUUAUGGCUGGUUUUGCACAAUUUUGGAAACUAGUCAUUUGGGUAAAUAAAAAAUAACAAAAUAUUCAUAUUUAUACACAUAAUUAUGACAAGUUUUAUGAAAUAAUUUGUUUCUGUAAUUUGAUAAAGUUUCUCAUACUUUAGUAGCAUUUAAACAUAAGUCUUUCAAUCCAAAACUCAAAUGCUUAAUGGCAUCAUUAAAUAAAAUAUUUUGAUAGAAAAUAUUGAAGAAAUAUCAAAAAUAUUUUUAUCUAUGAUGAUAAUUAACAUUUAUAUGUUACACUAUAUAUGCAAUUUUAAAGAUAUUCUGUACAUUUCUGUCCCAAAGUCACAAUUCAACAGGUUAAAACUCAUGUAGUUACUUUUUUCUUUUACAAUACCUUAAAAAAUAAGAAAUUCCCUUAAGAAAAUUGUCAUAUUACACUGUAAUAAUACUGUUACAGUAAUAUUUUGCUCUGAAAUAUCAGGAAGGUGGCUUAAACUGACUUCAUUUGUUUACAACUUAAGAUGGUUCAAAUCAAUGAAUCCAAAUUACUUCCCAGGAAAUUUAGAUUUGGUAUGGAAAUCUCGUACAGAAUAUCUUUGAGUACUUUUUUUAAACAUAUUAAUGACAUAAUUAUGCAACAGUGACUUAUCGUUUUCACUUUGGAGAUUACCGAGGGUGGUUGAUGCAACAACUCAAAUGUUACCAUGUUGAUGGAGAGUGUGAAGUAAAAUUUGCAGCCAAUUUAUAGGUAUUAUCAAUUAAUUUCUUAAGCAUGUCUUAGUUUAGUAGAUAUACAAAAUAACAGCUGAGGAUCAAAUACUGUAACAGUAACAAUUGUCAUUGUGUUAUUUGUCGAUCAAAACUUUUUUAAAGUUAUAAGUGUACAUCACAAAAUGAACCCUGAGUAAAAACUCUCAUUAGAUACAUAUUAUUUAACCCCUGCAAUGGGUCAUAUUAUACAUUGUGCUGUGUGUUUGAUUUUGGUGCUGGCAAACGGGUUGCGACACUUACGUAUUUAUUUAGAAGCUUGAGGUGGUUAAUGAGUGUUGACUUUCCGGGCAUAAGAUGAAAUUUUAAGAAUAUAUAUAUAUAUAAUUUUUUUUUUUUUUUUUACGGCCUUUUCAGCCAAAGUUGACUAUCAUUUAUGUAUUUGUUUUCUGUUAUUAUUAUGAUUACUUUUUGUCAAGUGCAGUGUUGGCUCUUUUUUUUUUUUUUUCAUAAAAUCACCAGCAUUAGGGUAUUACCUGGGGUCACCUACCCAGUGCAUAGUUAUGCAUUUGAUUUUUUUAAUAAAGGUGCAAAAAUAUACUAAUCCAAUUUCGUCAGAGAAAGAGUUGGAAUUUCGUCAGAGAAAGAGUUGGACUCACUUGCUAACCAACUUAAGUUAGUUAUUUUAUCUUGCUUUAUGUUUGUUUGCUGUAUUAACUUCCAUCAUUUAAACAUCGACACACUGAGGUGGCUGCAAGAGUGCUUCCAGAUGGCACUGUAGAAUAUUUCAUCUCUUUGAAAUAACAUGGCAUUUAAACAUUUUAUUUUGUUCAAAAUGGGUAGGUAAUUAUCAUAACUGGUAAUAGAAAUCGAAUCAUAGUACUUGAUUGUUGUAAUUUAUGGAUAAUGUUGAAAUUAUUGAACAGAUAGAGUUUUUUAUUAUGGUGCUAUUUGUAUAAACAAGGAUUGUUGUAUUUUGAGCAAUAAACUGCAUUGUAAUAAAAUUGAA